AUGACGUUGAAAAAGGUAAAUCCUGACCUGGAGAAGGAGAGAUCGACAUGUACCUUUAAUAUUGAAGAACUUACUAAUCUGCUGGACACAGGGGCUCAUUGCACAGCGGAAAGGCGAGCUGUAGAGGACAAGGUGUUUAGCGUAAAAGAACUUAAGGACGAAAUACCAGACGAGUUUUUAAGUCACAAAGAAAGAUAUGAGAAUGCAAUAAGAAAAUCAGUUUUCCUACAUAAAGUUCUACAGGAAACAGGUGUUAAACGGGGCGUUUAUAAUAGGAGUGACAAAUCAGAUUUUCGAACUACGUACUACUCGAUUUUCAAAGAUGGUUCCCCGUUCAUGUUACAAUAUUCUAUGUUCGUGCCGACAAUUUUGGGUCAAGGGGAUAGUGAACAGGUAGAAUUAUGGUACAAGCGGGCUUUGAAUAUGGAAAUAAUCGGUACAUAUGCCCAGACGGAGCUUGGCCACGGCACAUUUAUUCGAGGUUUGGAGACAGAAGCAGUUUACGAUGAGAAAACAGAGGAGUUCAUAUUAAAUAGUCCCAGUCUUAGUUCUUAUAAGUGGUGGCCUGGAGGAUUGGGACAUACUACCAACUACUGCAUAGUUAUGGCUCAGCUCAAGAUUAAAGGUAAACCCUAUGGUAUGCAGCCAUUCAUAGUUCAGAUACGCGAUGAAGAAACGCAUAUGCCCUUACCGGGAGUGAAGGUGGGAGAAAUCGGAGCCAAGCUCGCUUUUAACACAGUUAACAAUGGCUUUCUUGGCUUCGAGCAUGUCAGGAUACCAAGGAGACAUAUGCUUAUGAGGUUCUCACAAGUGUCAAAGGAUGGCAAGUUUACAUCUUCAGCUAACCCCAAAUUAGCCUAUGGCACAAUGGUGAUGGUUCGGGUCACUAUUGUAAAUUCUGCUGCAACGUACCUGUCCCGGGCAGUUACAAUUGCGAUCAGAUAUUCAGCAGUUAGGCAUCAGUCGAAGCUAAAGCAAAAUGAACCGGAGCCACAAAUCUUGGAUUAUGUUACACAACAACACAAAUUGUUCAUCGGUAUUGCUACCAGCCACGCGUAUAUGUUUUGCUCUUAUUGGCUAUGGGAUGUAUACGUGAUGUACCAAAAGGAGCAGAAUGUCGGCAAUUUUGAUAGAUUACCCGAGCUUCACGCUCUUGCCUGCUGCUUAAAAGUGAUAAGUUCAAGUGACUGCACGGGUCUAGUGGAAAAGUGCCGAAUGUCCUGUGGGGGUCACGGGUUUAUGAUGUCUUCCAACUUACCACAAUUGUACGGCAUCUCCACUGCGACGUGCACCUACGAAGGAGAAAACACUGUUAUGCUGUUGCAAACGGCCAGGGCGUUAGUAAAAGCGUGGGAGCUUGGAAGUCGUGGUCGUCCCUUUAGUCCUACGAUGUCAUAUUUCGCUGAAAAAAAUGUACCAUCGAAGUGGGACAGUUCCUUGGAGGGAAUUCUUAAUGCCUUCCAAAAGGUGUCAAUAGGAAAGUUGUCAUCAAGCGUUUCAAGUCUACAAGAAUAUACGAAGUCAGGUUUAUCAGCUGAAGAUGCUUGGAACAAAGCAUCUGUCCAAUUAAUUGGUGCAGCAGAGGCAUGGGGUCGAGCUGUGGUCCUAUCAAUAUACAAGUCGGAAAUCGAAAGAUACGGACAGACAGUGUCGCCCGCUUUGAAGUCUGUGCUCUUUGACUUAGUGGAGUUGUACUAUGUACAUCUUACUCUCGAGAAAAUGGGAGAUUUAUUACUGUACACGCAGUUAUCAGAAAAGGAUGUAGUUAGCUUACGUAAAAAAUACGAGGACCUAUUGGAAAAAAUUCGGCCCAACGCAAUUGGAUUGGUGGAUGCCUUCGACUACAGGGACGAGGUUCUUAACUCAACAUUAGGCUCCUAUGACGGAUUUGCAUAUGAGCGACUAAUGACGGAAGCAAUGAAGAGUCCCCUAAAUGCAGAACCAGUUAAUCAAAGUUUCCAUAAAUAUAUAAAACCCUUGAUGAAAGGAAAGCUUUAA